AUGUCGAAUCAUAAUAAUCCACCAAAACCACCUCCAAUAGGCAACACCGUUAGUAAUAGCAGUAAUAAUAAUAAUAAUAACAAUAGUUGGUUAAGCAACAUACUUCGACCUCGUGCUUCGUCUGUCUCUGUCGAAUCAUGUCUAAACAUCACCAACAAUGAUCCUUCACGACCACUCGACGCUCGACCUGUCUUACCACUUUUAUCUUCCUCACAGUCUCUCGUCUUUCGCUGCAAACACCUAUUGUCGUUUUCAGAGCUAUGCAAAAGCUAUAGAUUCACGCAUUUGGAGGAUGUCUUCUUUACUGUUCAAGACAUUCUUGAACCCAGCAACCCUCGUGAGGCUAGACAUGCUGUAUAUGAAUUCAUAUUAGCCUGUAUCAUGGGGCAAUAUUCAGAAUUGGGAAUGGCUAGGGUCACGUUUUAUUCGUCACUAAAGCAUGACUUCAACUGGGACGAUUUUGCAGACAUGUAUCGGGUGCUCUAUGCGCUCUCUAAAGGCGGACGAGACAUUUCUGGAUUUGAAAAGAACAUAAGCAAGUUAUUGAUUCAUUGGCUAGACACAUCUAUAGAGAAAUACCAUAAAAACACAGAUGCAGCACGACCCAUACCCUAUCUAAGUGAUUUACUGCAUCUGCUCACAGUUACUGCCAAAUUCAAUUUUGCCUUAUUCGAAGAGCAUGAAGUCACUUUUAUGAUUCAAGCGACACACAAGGCAUUCUUUGCCUCUCACCAUGUAAGCGAUAUCGAAGCAUGCCUGGAAUUUGCUGAUGUCGUUGUUCGAUACCGAUUUGUACCCUUUGAUGCUCUCACAGCCUUCCUCGAUAUCCUCUCAGCAUCUGCAACCAUGCUCGAUCAACAAAAAUACUGGUCCAUUUUUCAAAACCUCCUGCGAUCUCACUGUGCUCAUUCGGCUAUACUGACGCUCUGCAAAUUUUUGGAUCAGAAGCCGCUCGAUACCCACACGCUGACUCUGAUCAAAGGCGCAACCGUCCUGCUGAGUGAAACAGUAUGGGGAAAUAAUGGGAAAUCAGAAACGUAUGUGACGGACUCUGUCGUUCUCAUGUAUUUCAAACGAGCCGUCGCCAACGACAGUGAUCCGGUCAAUACAGCUAUCCUGCAGGCGCUCACGCUAGCUAUCCAAUCUAAUGCCUUGACCUUCAUGGACUGGGAUCUCGUUUGGGACGUGAUUGAUGUCUGCACGCUUUAUAUACUCAAAAUGACAGACUACAACUGUAGUCAUGACGUCCAUCUCUUUGAUGUGCAAAAGGCAGUGUUGGAGAAUAAUACCUUGGGCGUGAAGACGGUCGUCCAGUUUGCUCGAUUGGCUGAUAUCCUCGUUCAGAUGUAUGUCGACAAGACCUAUAAGGGCCCCGUGAGCCGUCUGAUCCAGGUCUUGUACCGUCUACGUGGCUACUGUUCUGACAAGACAGCACUUUUACUCAUGGACUAUUAUGUGGUCGAACAUAGUUUUCUGCCCUCAAGUGAUGACUGGCUAGAUCUCUUACAGGAAAUGACCAAGACGUUCUUUAUCGAUAGCCACACCUCAUCCACCGUGCGACUCAAGAUGUUGAUGAUUGUCAGUGAUGUCUGCACAUUCGUCAAGGACUUUUAUUCAGAGAUCAUUUAUGAGUCACUUGUGAUCAACAUGAUGCAGAACCUGUCAUCAGAAACAGAUCCUGGUAUUCGACAAACCGGUAUCGAUCUCUUGGUAUCUUCUCUCUCUGAUUGUCAAAACAUAGAUAUCUUUGAUAAACUCGUCUUGACUCUCAGUGAUUGCGCUCGAUGUCGAUGUGUAUCGAAUGACGGGACUUUGGGAACACGAAAUUACUGCAUUGGUGUGCCUGCCAUGUGUGGAUUAUCAGAAGUCUUUGAGAAUCUACUGUUAGCCUCCAACGGAAAGCUAUGCGAAAAAACAUUCAACAUUAUCACGCAAAUCGCAAAUGAUCCGUCUGAUCUGACGUGUCCUUAUGGUGGUCCAAAGAUUAUCGCUCUUGACUUACUUCUCAGACUACGAUGUCCCACAAACCAUCAUCUCCAUUUAAUACAUGACAACAUGACAGAUGACCCACAAGGGUUUAUUCAUAAUGCCAGACUACAACUGCAAAAGCGAAGAGAAGAGAAAGAGAAAAGAAGAAGAGCAGACAGUCUUUUGCUUGGUCCAUCAAGGCCACAACAACAACAACAACAACAAGCGGAUGAUAGUCAACUGUUGAAAGAGCUCGUAUUUUAUCCCAACCCAAAUGUUGUCUCAUACAAGUCCAGUGAAGAAGAUGACACGACCGUUUUGAAUAUUGACGACAUGCUUAAAUCCUACAUUCUCGUCCUCUCGGAUUCUUCCAACUGGCACCUUGUUCAGUUCCUUUUAAAGAGACUACCUCAACAAUUGAGUAACAAGCACCUAUUCUGUGGCGCCUCACCGUCCAUCAACAAACUCAGAAAAUGUCUUGUGAAAUGGAUAAGCAACCGCAAGUUUCUCGAGAACGUCGUCAAUCUGCCUGUCAACGUGAAACGCAAUGACCUUACGGUGCAUGCCUAUAACCUGUUGACGAUCCUCAUCUCGUAUCGCCGUAUCUUUACUGAUCCUAAACAAGAUCAGGAUGAGAUUGUCUAUGCGUUUUAUAUAGGCAUCACACAAGUAACCGCUGCCACGCGUCUCUGUAUCAAUGCACUGCUAGUAUGCUGUUACGAGAUGCCUCUGUCGGUAACCAAGAUGCUGAACGAGAUACUACAGCGCAUGUCUCAAAUCAUUUCGGUGAGCAGUGUAUCUGUGCAUAUUUUAGAAUUUCUAUCCGCGCUUGCGAGACUACCGAAUCUCUAUGCCAAUUUCACGGGCGAUAUGUAUAAGCCCGUAUUUGCGAUUGCCUUGAACUAUCUGCAGCACUCAAGAUCACAGCAAACACAAUCACCCAUGACAUCUCCGUUGCUUUCCAGUGGCCCCAACAGCGCAUUGAACUCGCCCAUAUCUCCUACAGUGGAUCCUGGCCAAGGUGCGCUCAAGCAGUACGUGUUGGUGAUGGCCUACAUGGUGAUCACGAUCUGGUUCACGUCUAUACCACUGAGAGAGCGGCGUAAGCAUGUUCCGUUCAUCAUUCAACGCCUUUUAGGCGGCAACCCAAGGAUGAUUGAUGAGCAAACGUAUACAUGCAUUGAUAUGCUCUCGCGAUUUUCAUUUGCUGAUGUGGAUCUGGCACCUGAAAAAUCAAUCGUGUCCAAGAUACUGAUGGGUGAUCAUGAUGACAACCGAAGCUCACCAUCGCUGAAACAACAGAGUCAAAAGACGUGGGUCUAUGGUCAUACUCUACUGACCUUGCGCACGGCCAAAUCAGCAGGCUGGGUCGAAGUCACCGUUCGACGUCCUUCAGGCACUGUAUCCAUGAUGUGCUAUGUAGAAAACAAGCUCAAGUCGGAUGGUAUCGAUUACAGAACGCUACCUGCCUUACUGAUGAUGCAAUACCAGCCUGAUAUUCUUGCCAACAAAAUCAUGCAACACACGGAAACAGACGACCAAGAGGGAGAAGAAAAGCGACUACCAGAGGAGGUGAUUGGCGACAUCAUGUCAGAGCCAGCCACGACAACACCCGCUUCAAACAAUCUUUCGCACCUAUUAAAAACCGAUCUAUCGAUAGACCCCGGAUUCUUAUACCUUCAACUCAACAACUACCCCGACCUAACACGUGCGAUUGAUGUAUCUCCACCUCUGCCUAAUGAUGAAUCCACCGCACGCACCCUGGCCACAUUUGACCGUAUACCCGUCGUUGACUUUCACAAGAUCGGCGUGCUGUACGUCGGCAAAGGCCAGCGACACGAAGUCGACAUCUUGGCCAACACGUAUGGGUCUCCAGACUACGUUCGAUUCUUGAACGCUCUCGGCACCAUCGAGAGGCUGCGCGGGCGCACAGGCAAUUCUGGAGGAUUGGAUAGGGAAGCUGAUAUUGACGGACGCUUUGCUUACUUUUGGAAAGACGACGUGACCGAGGCCGUGUUCCAUAUUGCAACGCUGAUGCCAACUCAUCUGGACCGCGACCCACAGUGCAGUGCCAAGAAACGGCAUAUUGGAAAUGACUAUGUGACGAUCGUCUACAAUGAUUCUGGGCUAGACUAUGCCUUUGACACACUCCCUUCACAAUUCAACUUUAUCAACAUUGUCGUCUCGCCUCAUUCGAUCUCGACCGAAGCGAUUUCGCCUACGCACGCGUUAGGAGGAGCUGAAAACACGUUUUUCAAGGUUGAGAUGCAACGUCGACCGGACAUGCCUGAUAUCGGCCCGCUGUUUGAACCCAAGCUGGUCUCGGCUCAGUCCCUACCUGCCUUUGUGCGUCAAGCGGCUAUUCAUGCCAACAUCUUUGCUCAGGUGUUUUGGCAGUCGGCGGGUGCCAAACGCGAAUACGUGACGCAUUGGAGAGAACGAUUACGACAGAUUCUACGAAUUAAGGAACGAUUGGCGGUAAAGACAAAUAGUGCCUCAUCGACGCCUAAUACAACACCCAAUCCUAAUAAUUAUGCCGAGUCUAACAAAAUGCAUACCGUAGAGGCGAUUCUUGAUUUCACAAAAUACACGUAA